AUGAUUCGCGAGGAGCGAUCGGGAAGCGUUGCUUGGAUGCCAUACACUAUUGUGGAUCAGAAGGUGUUGGGAUCAGCCACGGAAGGAGUUCCACUGAAUAUGUUGAAGACUAGCAUUUGCUCAGCGUACACAGGACCCAAGAGCUUCUACCCUGCGGAGUGUGUGAAGCUCGUUGGUGAGCAAAAGGAGUUUGCUCCGGAAGAGACUGUGGCUGAUAAGGGUGACAAACCGCUGGUGGCUGCUGGUGAGAAUACUCAAGGUGCUGCUGCUCCUGGGAAAGGUGCAGUUAACACGGGCCUUCAGGCCCCUGCAAAGGACGAUGCUCUCGAAGGUGGCGAUGGCGAUAUUGACGUGGAUUUGAAGGAAGAAGUAGCAACCCCUGCGCCCGCUAAUGUUCCAACUACGCCCGUGGUGGCAGGCAAAGCUCAACUAGAAAUGUACUGGCGAGCAUUCUGCCCCGGUUGUAUGUCGUUUAUCACGAAGCCUCUGCUUUCACUUAUUCGAAACAAAGAGUUUCAGGAGAUCAUUGAUUUCCGCCCGGUUCCCGCUGCUGGUACGUCUUUUGACGCAAAGGGCAACUUCGUGUGUACCGCCGGAAUGGUCGAAUGCCUGGGACACAAGUGGCUAAGCUGCGCCGUAGAGGAGUUCCACCAAAUCGGAGACUUGGUAGAGCGGAUCGCUUGCAUGGAAAGCAAGGACAACAAGGGCAUGACAUGGAGCUUCAUUAUCAACCGUUGCUUUGAAGGCGAAGCGUUCACGAAGAUGAAAACAUGUUACGACACGAAGAGUGACGAUCUCCUUCGAAAGAAUGUGGCGAAGAGACAGGCUCUACGUGUGCCUUGGGUCCCCUACGUUAUUCUCAACGGCACGCCACUAGGCGACGCGAGCCAUGGUAUUGGCUUGAAGCAGCUCAUGGAUGCCGUGUGUAAAGCCUACUCUGGACCAAAGGAUUUGUGGCCGGCACCAUGUCAACCGAAACGUCUUCGGGAUGAAGCGGAAACCAAGGCCCCAGCGGAAGAGGUGGUGGUCAAGCCGUGUGCUCCUAAGAAAAAAGACACUGAUACCACUGGCAACCAGUACGAUGACCCCCCAGGCAUUGGUAAGCCGCUUCCAACUGAACCGGAGGCCAAAACGGUCACCGAGUUUGAGGCAAAAGUCAUCGGAGGCAAGCAGGCUGACGACGAGGAAACAUCGAGUGCCACUAUGACUGCAGUUGUUAUACCCGGGGUAUGCUUCGUGGCACUUGUUGCCAUUGCUCUGAGAUUAACACGCGACCACAAGAAGGACGCGUGA